AUGUUGAAGAACUGGAGCAUGAUGGUUCUCGCUACUGGGCCCGACGCUACGAUUCAUACCACUGACCUAGACAUCAUCGAGAAGAGUAACUUACUGAAUCGGCAAUUCCUCUUUCGUGCCAAAGAUCUUGGGAAAUUUAAGUCUGAAGUUGCAGCGGUAGCAGUUGCAGACAUGAAUCCAGCUCUCAAGGACCAUAUUCUCUGUAGACAAGAUCCUGUUGGUCAGAUGUCUUCGAUGACAACUUUUUUCGGGGAUGAUGGUGUUAUAGAUGCAUUGGAUAACAUUGCUGCACGUGUAUACGUGGAUCAGCAUUGCAUCUUGUAUGAAAAACCAGUCCUAGAAUCUGGUACCAUGGGCACAAAAGGCAAUACCCAAGUUGUGAUUCCCCAUCUCACCAAGUCGUACUCGUCUUCGCAAGAUCCCCCAGAGAAGCGGACAUUGUUGUGCACAGUCAAAAACUUCCCGAGUGCCAUUACACACACACUGAUUGAGUGGGCUUGGCAAGAGUUCAACGCAAUGUUUGUUAAGCUUGUGGAAUCUGUCAAUCAAUAUCUUUCGGAGCCUAACUACCUCGAGAGCUCCCUCAAAUACUCUGGGCCUGACCCAGAUUGUUUCAUAUCUGGUUACUUGAACAAGCCUUGA